AUGGCACCCCUGACAAUUGACUGGAGUAAAGUUGACCAACCUGACCUCGUCCUCCAACGAUUUGCAAGCAGGCGAUCGCAGGUAUAUGGAACCAAGGGCAUCGUGGCUUCAUCUCAACCACUGGCCACAGAAGCUGGGCUAGAGAUCCUAAGGAGAGGUGGAAAUGCAGCCGAUGCAGCUGUGGCAACUUCGGUAGCUCUGAACGUUACAGAACCCAGUUGCUGCGGUAUUGGAGGGGAUGCGUUCUGCCUGUUCUAUGAUGCUAGAUCAAAGCAGGUCAAAGCGCUUAAUGGGUCAGGCCAUUCUCCCAAGAAAUUGACUUUGGAAUACCUUCGUUCGCGAGGCCUCAAAGGAGGCUCCAUACCAUUGACAGACCUCAACUCCGUCACUGUCCCUGGUGCCGCGGCAGCUUGGGUAGAUACCAUUGAACGAUUUGGAAGCGGAAAAGUAAACAUUGCCGACGUAUUCGAGCCUGCAAUCAGGCUGGCCGAGGAAGGGGUGCCUGUUUCUGAGAUACACAGCUACUCUUGGCAACGUUCAGAAGGACUCAUUCGACAUGCCUCACCAAACCAUGAUGAGAUGCUGUUGAAUGGAAAGGCUCCGCUUCCGGGUCAAAUCAUGAAGUUUCCAAACCUUGCUAAGACAUUCCGCGCUGUCGUAGAGCAAGGAAAAGACGGAUUCUACAAAGGGCAAGUCGCAGAAGCAAUCGUCGAAUUGAUAAAGAGCAAGGGUGGCGUAAUGGAGCUAGAAGACCUGGCAAGCCAUGAAACAUCAUUUGUGGAACCUAUCAAGUACACCUACGCCAAGGAUGUGACAGUCUACGAGUGUCCACCAAAUGGCCAAGGGUUAACCGCUCUCAUCGCCCUUGGGAUCUUGGAACAAAUCCAGGAAAAGGGCAAAAUGAAGCCUCUCUCGGAGAUGGAGCACAAUUCGCCCGAAUAUCUCCACACCUUAGUUGAGGCUAUGAGACUUGCAUUCGCCGAUAGUCGAUAUUAUGUCAAUGACCCUGCUUUCAAUCCGGUUCCUAUCGAGCAACUGCUGAGCAAGGAGUACCUUUCUUCUCGAGCAGACCUUUUUGACCCAGCGCGCGCAAAUCCUAACAUUGUUCAUGGAAAUCCAGUCAACUCGUCGGACACGGUUUAUUUCACUGUGACUGACCAAUGGGGCAAUGCCUGUAGCUAUAUUCAAAGCAAUUAUGCUGGUUUUGGAACGGGAGCCAUUCCCAAGGGCUGCGGGUUUACUCUGCAGAACCGGGGUGCAGGCUUCGUCCUCCAAAAGGGUCACCCUAAUGCGUUAGAGGGAGGGAAAAGGCCUUAUCAUACAAUUAUACCUGCGAUGGCAACACGAGGCGAAGAUUUAUUCCUCUCUUACGGCGUGAUGGGCGGGUUCAUGCAACCUCAAGGACAUGUCCAGGUCCUGUUGAAUAUGCUUCGCGGGUUUACAGCGCAGGCAGCGCUCGAUGCUCCACGGUUCUGUAUAUCUCCGGGCACUCCCAGCCCCGAUGGCACAGACGACGUAUUUGCCGUGGUGAAUAGCGAGGUAUACUUUGAGGAAGGCAUAUCCUCUGAAACAGUAUCUAAGUUAAAAGAAAUGGGACAUGAUGCCCGAGUAGUCAGUGGCUUCGGGAGGGGAAUGAUGGGCCGUGGCCAGAUCAUCCAGAGGAUUGUAGACCAGUCCGGCAGAUUUGUCUGGGGUGCUGGCUCCGAUCCUCGCGCCGAUGGCCACGCAGCAGCUCAGAUAUGACCAAGGCACCUUCGCCAUGAGAUGCCUGGCGAUUCGCUUUGUAUUGAGGAGUGGGCAUGAUUGAUCUACAUUCUUCUUUGCCGUUCACUGCCCACCGCUUGCUGGCUGCGAUACUCUCGCAAAGCUUUAGUCUUGUCCGGCCCCUCGAUUUUCCCCCAUCCAGACAGCGGCACGACGAUGGCUGUGAGAUUAUCUUCGCUUCCCAUCUCCUCUGCGAAUGACAGGAUACGUCUGGCGGCGGUUUUCGGAUCAGGGGCGUUAUGCGCUAAGUCGACAACUUCAUCGUCAGAUACAACCGAAGAGAUCCCGUCCGAUACGAAAACCAUGUAUGCCCAGUCUUCGUCUUCAAGAAGGACGGUCCGUACUUCGGGUUCUGGUGUGACCCCUGAAGGCUUCCACUUGAGAUCACCGAUCGCUCGAGUAUUCUGCAAAGCACCCAUCCAUCUGGACUCGCCGAAAGAAUCUGUGAUGAGUGCUGAGCCCAUCAUUCGCCUCAGUCGAAUUGCUUCUAUCCGGGCAUCUGGGUGGUGUCUCUCGGUCAUCGGCAAGACCUUACCGCCUUUCGUAGAUGCGAGAAGGAUGCGGGUGUCACCAACAUGUGCAACUGUCAAUGCCAGCCUACGCGACGCGAAGAAUGGCUUUGGUGGGUAAUCAAGAGAAUGGAGGAUCGCAACAGAUGCUGUCGAGCCACAUUCUCGUGCUUCGCUCUCUAUGGAUAACAGCCUAUCCACUUCAAAGAACGCCUGGGUCGCUCGAGCCUCCAGGUCAAGAGGUGGUGUGUUCUCGGUUUCAUUCAUCCAAGGCGCGAGAGCGCCGCCCUUGAAACGUUUGAAGUAGCCACCUUGAUCCUUGAUCCAUAGAUAUAAUUCGGGUAUGUGAGCUUUGUCUACAGACUCGAAGAGACCGUGCAAUUCUUGACGAAGGUACUGGGAUACAGUAGAGCCUCCAUGACCAUCGUAUAAUCCAACAAAAACAGCCUGACGCGCGACCAGCUCUGUUAUGCCACCUGGAUUCCAGCUGACCCCAAGUGUCUUUCUGAGGCCAAGGCGAAGCCCUUCUGGGUCUAGAGAGAGUGAUGCAAAGGCAUAAUAAUCUUCCUGGUAGCUUCUAGCACCCCUCGAGUUUGCUACCCCCAUAAUUGUCGGCGAAUUGAGGGGAACUCGGCCAAUGCCACCUGUUGUAGCAAAACGGAUGUAGUCAUGAUAGGACCGAGACUGAAGAUGAGAGCGCAGUGACCUGAAGAAGGGGUAGGAGCAGGAGCGUGUGAAGGCCAUGCAAUGGAAUUUCGGCCAGCAUCGCCUCUGAGCUGCUCAGCAAAGUAAUGGGGGCGAGAGCGCUGUCUCGCUGCGCUAGGCUGGAGGAUGCUCGGGUGAGGAUGUGUUGGUUGGUAC